AUGGAUCGUGGCGAGCAACAAAACGAUACUAACAAUACUUACUCUAACAAUGCUACUCCCACUCUACCAACGGCAACGCAUGAAUUAAGCCUGUCUUCAUCCAAACCUUCAAUAGAGAUAAACAACAGUAAUGCUGCUACCACUACCACUAUUAAUACGGCAGAAAAUGGAUCAAACGUCAAGAAAUUAGAAGACGAUGAAGAAAGUGCGUUAAGUAACAUAGAUUUCAAUAAUCAAGAAUUAAACAAUCUAAACUUAUCUGAAUAUUGUAUCUCAAGUGAUGCAGAUACAGAGAAAAUGGGGAGUGAUAUCUUACAAGAAAUUGAUGAGACUCAUCCAAGACUUAUUCAACUAGUCAAUAACAAUAAUAACAACAAUAGUAAUGACGCUACUAUAAAAAAUAAUAAUGAUAACGACGAUGACAAUAAUCCUGCUCUAAUGUCUAAUAUCAAUACGGCAACUUUACAAAAUGAGCCUAUAGGAAUUACAUCUGUUAUACCAGAACAGCAGCAACAACAGCAAGACAAUCAUCCUCAGCUAAAAAAUAAUAAUAGUAAUAGUAACAGUAGCGCUGAACUUCUCUUAAACGGCGAAGGCCCCCGCCUGCCGCUAACAACAACAACAAUAACGUUGAAACAUAAAACUGAAAAUGAAAGUGCUGAAGAUGAACAAGAACAAAAUAAGAAAAUAAAACUAGACAAUUCUGUUGCUACAACUGAUGUUAAUCAACCUACGAAUUCUAUAUCAGACGAACAAACUAUAGCGCAAAGUACUGCCACUAAUGAAUCAAUAACAAAAGGUAUAGACAAUGAUAAAAUCACUGACGUUCCUGCGACCCAAAUUAAUAAUAAAAUUAACAAUAACAACAAAAAUAACGAUAAUACAAAUGAUGUUGAUGACGAUGAGGACGGUAACGAAGUCGGUGAUGAAGAAGAAGAUGAGAUAGAUAUCGAGGAAAAUCUUACCCCUGAAGAAGAAAGACCUGGUUUAUUGAAAUCAAUUGUAUCGGAGAAAGCUGAUACUGAUACUCUUCCAACUAAUACCAAUGAAACAAUCAAGAAUGAUCUUACUGGAAAAAUAGAGGCGAACGUAAAUGAUGAGAGUAUUAAACUUGAUGAGGUUGAAAAUGCAUCUAACGAAGAAGAGGAAGCAGAUGAUGACGAAGAAGAAGCGGAGGACGAAGAUGAAGAAGAUGAAGAAGAAGUAGAAGUGCCCGAAGAGGGAAAGGAUAAAAGAUUGGCCGAAAUUGAUCAUGAAGAACAAAGACUAAAUGCCUUAAAGGAAAUAACAGACAUUGAAUAUAAAUUUGCAGAAUUAAGACAAAAAUUGUAUGAAAAUAAACUACUCAAAUUAGAAACUGAAUUACAAAUGUGUCUUGAAGGAUCACAUCCAGAAUUACAAUCGUAUUAUCAAAAGAUUGCUGCUAUACGUGAUUAUAAAUUACGUAAAGCUUAUCAACGUCAAAAAUACGAAUUACAAUGUAUCGAUAGGGAAACAAGGGCAACAAGAACCUUCAUCCAUCAAGAUCAUUAUAAGAAAGUUAAUGAUAUAAGGAAUAAAUUACUCAAUGAUACUACAGAAACGUGGUAUGAUAUUAAUAGAGAAAGAAGAGAUCUCGAUGUAAUGGUACCGGAUGUAUCAUAUCAUGUUCCAAUAAAGACUGCAGAAAAAACUUUAAGUUGUAUCACUGGUUAUGCGGGACCGGCUCAAUUGAAAUUACCAGGUGAAGCAUUAUCAGAAGAUUUAGCCUGUGAAGGUGUAAAUUUCAGAUAUAAGGGUAAUCCUGUGGAUAAAUUAGAAGUCAUUGUAGACAGGAUGAGAUUAAAUAAUGAAAUAAGUGAUUUGGAAGGUAUAAAAAAUAUUUUAAUGCAUUUCCUGGUGCUCCAAAUUUGA